UAUCUAGCCUGUAUAUCUAGACUGCUGAUUCUAAAUGAAGUAACUAACCUAGAGAUCUGCGUGUUGAUGCUUGAUGAAGUAUAGAGCCUAUUGACCUACUGUGUUAAUUGUUACAACAUGGACCAAAUGGCCUGGGAUUGCUGAUUCACGAUUAAACGGUAUUUACUCUAUUUUUUGCAGCAUUCAUUCUAUAUCCCGUUUGUCUCAAAAACUUCAGUUUUAUUAAGCAGUGUUUAAGUAACUGGAUAAAAGUUUUUAUUGUCACUGAAGUGUAUACAGUAGAAAAACAGAGAAAUGUAUUUUUUUUAUGAAAAUCAAAGUUCAGAGAGACCCUCUUCAAGUGACUGCAGUGACUGUCACAAGUGACUGCAGUGACUGUCACAAGUGACUGCAGUACUGUCACAAGAGACUGCAGCAACUGUCACAAGUGACUGCAGUGACUGUCACAAGUGACUGCAGUGACUGUCACAAAUGACUGCAGUGACUCACAAGUGACUGCAGUGACUGUUACAAGUGACUGCAGUGACUGUUACAAGUGACUGCAGUGACUAUCAAAAGUGACUCCAAUGACUGCAGUGACUGUCAUAAGUGACUGCAGUGAUUGCCACAAGUGACUGCAGUGACUGUCACAAGUUACUGCAGUGACUGUCACAGGUGACUGCAGUAACUGUCACAGGUGACUGCCGUAACUAUCAUAGGUGACUGCAGUAACUGUCACAGGUGACUGCAGUAACUGUCAUAGGUGACUGCAGUAACUGUCACAAGUGACUGCAGUAACUGUUUCAAGGUACUACAGUGACCCCUACAAGUGACUGCAGUAACUGUCACAAGUGACUGCAGUGACUGUCUCAAGUAAGUGCAGUGACUGCUACAAGUGACUGUCACAAGUGACUGCAGUGACGGUCACAAGUGACUGCAGUGACUGUCACAAGUGACUGCAGUGACUGUCAGAAGUGACUGCAGUAACUGUCACAAGUGAUUGCAGUGACUGUCACAAGUGACUGCAGUAACUGUCACAAGUGACUGCAGUGACUGUCACAAGUGACUGCAGUGACUGUGACAAGUGACUGCAGUAAACUGUCACAAGUGACUGCAGUGACUGUCACAAGUGACUGCAGUGACUGUCACAAGUGACUGCAGUAACUGUCACAAGUGACUGCAGUGACUGUCACAAGUGACUGCAGUGACUGUCACAAGUGACUGCAGUAACUGUCACAAGUGACUGCAGUGACUGUCAGUAGUGACUGCAGUAACUGUCACAAGUGAUUGCAGUGACUGUCACAAGUGACUGCAGUGACUGUCACAAGUGACUGCAAUAACUGCCACAAACAGCAGGGAAUCAUCAAUUAUGCGAGGCUUUAAGUUUGAGUGAGACGUUUAAAGGAAUUAGUAGUGGAGGGUCGAUCCUCCGUCCGCUGCUCGGGAGACAAACACUUCAACCUCUCCCACAUAGGUGAUCUAAGUGUUACGGAAAAUUAUAGUUAAUCGAAGUGUCAGUUACGCUGAAAAACACUGGAAGCAAAACAAGAGAACAGAAGCCAGGAGCCACUGAAGAGAGUAGCGCAGUGAUUCCUGAGACGAGCGCAGUCACCCAGCGGUGUCUAGGCCAGCCAACUGGCUAGAGAAGUGAGUUGCUGACCUUCUUGUGGAAGAGGGGUUGAAUCACAGCUGCUGGCACCAACGUGUCUCUAAGGAUGGGCGACACCAAUGGUGCAGGGAUGUUCUUCAGCCAAACCACCACCAACACCGUUAUUCUGGCCUGUUGCCUCGCCGCUCUUGCUGUUGCAGUAGUGGGAGGUAGCGUGGUGAACAUGAACCGGUCAAGCAGGACGAACACCAAAGAGAGACAUGAACAGGGACAGCUGGAGCAAGAGCAGAGGCAGCAGGAGCAGGGGCAGAUGGAACAGAGGCAGCAAAAUCAGGGGCAGCCGGAGGCACUCAGCAGCAUCAAUGAUGGAUCGCUCAGCAAUGAUACUGAGUCUAAGGGACUCUACUUCGUUGAGGCUCCCAGCAGACACGUCACAGUGCGGGCUGGCCAGGCAGCAACACUCACCUGUAUCGUCAAGCACUUGGCUAACAGACAGGUGUCGUGGAUCAGAGGUCGUGACCUUCACGUACUGAGCUCAGGAGCGGUGACCUUCUCAUCGGACUCUCGAGUGAGUGUCUCUCACCUACACGACUCCUGGACUCUCACCAUCAGGUACACGCAGCCCCGCGAUGCUGGUUCCUACUCCUGCCAGGUCAACACUCAGCCCCCCAUCGCCUCCUGGUACAACCUUACCGUUGUAGAGGCUCGGGCCAACAUCCUGGGAAAGGAGACCAUGUACGUGCAGAAGGGGAGUACCGUCAGCCUCGAGUGUGUCAUCAAGGAAGAGCUGGUCAUCCCUGGACUGGUGUUGUGGUAUCAGGAUGAUCGGUUGGUGGACCGAGACUCAGGCAGGGUCAGUGUGGUGACUAAUAUUGGGAACGUCACCACAAGUACCCUCAAGGUGGCCGGCGCAGCGCUCCAUGACUCGGGAAACUAUUCCUGCUGGCCUUCCGCAGGUCGACCCGACAGUGUCAUCGUCCACGUCAUACAAGGAGAUCCACCAGCUGCCAUGCACCACGGCAACUCAGCCACCUGGGUGACUACCAUGCUGCUGGUGCCAGCUGCCUCCCUGUUCACCCUGCUGCUGAUCCUGCUCACCUGACACUGACCUGCACACCUGCCAGCCUCCACCACUUCAACUCACCUCUUCCAUCAUUAUGUUCCAGCAGUGUCGCAUAUACCUGUCUAGGCCACCACCCUCUCUUCCUCUCAUCCUCAAGAACAAUCAUCAAAGAUAGUUUCUAAGUAUAUAUACUUUUACACGUGAUCUCCAAUUUAGAAUAAAUAAACAAGUGACUUACCUUAUUUUUAAGAAAAUUACUAAUUUUUGAGGUUAAAUAUUCUUGUUAUUUAAGAGAACUAUAUUCUUCUCUCCUGUGAGUGAGGAAACUAAGAUACUGGAGUCAGCGUUGCACCUAAUAGCACCUUACGCAGGAGGUUAGUAACUGUGUGUCAAUUAAUUUACAAUACAGCCGAAUAACUCACCGAACGGCGAAACUAGCAGGCUUGCUAGUUUAGAACUGACAUUUACCAUGAGUUUAAACUCUCUGUUCGGUGAGUUUACAAUCGUGUCAUUACGAUUUCGCGAGUCAUACAACAGAACAUUUGUAUUCAGGGGCGGCACCAGAAUUUCCGUGCAGGGGAGUGAGAGGUGGCUAUCUGGCUGGGAAGACGACGACCUGGAAACACUACGAUGGGAGAGCAAGUCACCUGUUUUUUUACUUAAUAGUGUAUAAUACAAAUCAACAAAACUAGCAGUGUUAUCUAAACAUCCUUCAUUCACAUAACUACAUGAAAUUACUUCAAUACAAAAGCUAUCAGAAUAAUGGUGUUCACCUCGGCCUUACUGAUGUGAUGAUAGAUAUCUAGAACACAAUAUAUUAACUCUGUUCUGAAGUUGAAGAAUGAGACACUUGUGUAUCAUUGGGAUAUCUUCACUGAGCUAGUGGAUUCAUCUGUUCAGUGGACUGAAGAAGCCACUCAUGGUGAAAUGUUUCCUCUAAUAAAUGUUCUGACCGGUAUACAAAUGUCUUUUUUCCUCAUCAGUUCAAUACAGAGAAGAACGGCUGUAGAUCAGGAGUUUGAAGUAAUUAGUCCCUCAGCCUGGAGAGGAUGGACUGAUUACCUCAAAUUACUCAGUUUCCGCUGCUCUUCUCUGUAUUAGGCUGAUGCAACCACUGGCUAGCGAAACGUUUCCUCAGUAAAGACACCCAAAUGUAGCACAAGUGUCUAAGUUAUCAACUUUUCUCCAAUGAGUGUCUGAAGGUAACUGAAAAGUUAUAGCAGUGUGAUUCUUUCCUUGUUAUGAUUAGAAGCAAAAGUAUCAGUGAGACCUGCAACAUCCGUACUCUGUUCUUGUUUAAUUGAUAGAUAUAAAUGCAAUAUCACUUGUUCUUCUACUGUUGCUUCUCAAGUAAGAUUUUGUCAGUCAAGGGCAGAAAAAAAAACUAUGGUAUAAAUCUUGGUAGUAGAUACCGGUAAAUUGGUUUAAAAAUACACGUUAAUAAGCACUAGGACAUUUAUGAGAAAACGUUUGAAGGGAUCGAGGUUCCAGGACCGAAGCGUUUUCUAAUAUGUCCUAGAGUUUGCUAAAGAGUCUCUGUAAACCAGGAAAAAAGUGUGUUCACGUGGUGCAAACUUAACUGACAGAGUCACACUGGUGUACACCUUUUAAUACAGACCUGUGGAAGCAGACUUGUGAAGAAAUGAUAAUAUGACCCAGGUGAGGAUUCACUGCUGAUAAACCCUUCAAUAUGCUGCAUGAACUGUUUGAAAAUCACCUGUUUUAUUCGUUGACAAACCUAUGACAGGAAAUAAACAUGUGCAUAGAAUUCAUAAGAUAAUGCCAUUUUAUGACGAAGUUCAAGUUGAAAAUAAUUUCUGUAAAUGACAUAACUUAAAGUAUUGUCCCAGCAUAUAUUAUUACACAUCAGUGUCAGCAGCUUGAUACAAACGAGCUGCAUCUUGCAAGAUAUCCUGCCACAAAUUUUCUUAGUGAUUUUCGUGAACGUCAGAGAGAACGGACAGCAGAAGCCACCUGGGAGUGAGAGGACUGACGAUGGUCAGACCAUGACUUAGUGAUUUCCUUUCAAAUCUUCAACAUUGUAAGAGUGACUGUGAAUAACAUAUCAGUGAGCCUGUAAAUGGCCCUUGCUUCUGUUAGUCUGUUUGCAUUUGAAGUUCUUAUAAUGUUUAGGUUUGCAGAAGAGGCUGGUAAUAUCAAUUUGACAGCGGAACAUGCAGUGUCCUGACAGGAUCAUCUUUUAACCGAUAGCCUCUAAUUCUGUUGGAUAUUCUGAAGAGUCAGCCUCACUCUGUUUUCCUUUUCAUAAACAUGCGCAUAACUGAUCCAGAAAAAAGUUGCACAACUUGUGGAUUUUGGCAAAGAACUCUGCCACUGUGUGAAUUCUGUGAACACAAAGAUAUUCACAUUGCAUACAUUCAUAUUCACAUCUCUUUGCACUCUCACCCCAGAGUCUAUUUUAAUAAGCAGGUGCCUCCAUAUAGGCCAGCUGAUGUUUGUUUAUGCUUACCAGUAAGAAGCCAUGACGUGUACAUGUAAAUAUUCAAGAUACUAAGAAAAGAACAGCUGUUGCUUCUUUGAGACACAGGUAUAUGGAUCAAACACUCAAACACUUACGUCAACAUGUAUUCAUAUUUAACCUUUCACUCAGAAGCAGUGUAUGUGGAUAUUUAAUUGCUCAUCAAUAUCAUAAGUAUAAAGCAUUAAAAAUUGAUUUACGAAACGAAUGGACAUUUACGUCACUGACAUUUAAGCCACUCAUGACCUUCACAUGACAAACCUCUUUUUUUCCGAGAGAGAGAAAAACUUACCUGUCUAUUAUCGCUACCUGAAAUCUUCCUCUGUAACUCCUGUGAAUAUAGUUCUUGCGGAUAAAUAAAUCUCGUAAUUACGAUGCACUUUAGCGAGAUUACUCGCUCAAUGAUGCAUAAGCAUGUGUUCAAGAGGAGAUGCAUACGUACACUGAACUGUUUGCAUGUGCUCUCACCUGUACACAUGACUGAUGCAUACAUGCAAUGAUGAAAGCUUGGCUGCAAUAAAUUGACUUAAUAACUAUUUCAAUAACGUAUCAUACUUAGGAAGGUAACCUCAGCAGAGAUAACCUAGUCUUGCAUAGAAAAUGAAAACUUUUUGCUCAUUGUACUAAUAUAUAGCAAACAGAGUAUGUCAGAUAUGACUUUGAUAGUAAGAUACACAAGGUUAUUAAACUUGAGUACAUUUGACAAGGAAAUUUUAAAUAAUGAAAUUUUUUUAUAUUUUCAUUCUCUCUCUCUCUCUCUCUCUCUCUCUCUCUCUCUCUCUCUCUCUCUCUCUCUCUCUCUCUCUCUCUCUCUCUCUCUCUCUCUCUCUCUCUCACCUCUUUAUAUGCAUGUACUUAUGGAUAUAAGUAUAAUAUA